AGUCAAAGGACAGCAGCGUCAGCGUCCUAGCCGCCUGCGACCAGCCCUGGCCAUUAUCUCCCAUCCGACAGACGAGACAGCGGACACGCGAUGUGCGAUUGCAACGCGUGAACAGCCAGAACCAGAACGCACACGAUCUGGUAGCGCGCCAGGACAUUGUUUUUUGUCCGGGCCAGCGGUCGAGAUUUCGCGGGUCACCUGUGGGAUCGGUUCUCUCUGGGCCGAGUGUUGAUUGUUGUUGCACGGUGUGAACUGCCCUUGUGAUUGAUGCGGUUGACAGGCAUCGUCGGGGUUUUCUGAUCCGGGAAAGAGCGUGCUGUUUUUUAUCCGAUGCUGUUUUGUUGUCGACUCUUGUGACUGUAAAGCGUAGUGAUCGUAGUUUCGUUUUGGUUGGCCGUAUUGAAUAUAAGGAAGGUCGACAUCAUGGGGUGCUUUGGAAGCAAAGACAAGUUGUCCAAGGAGGAUAUGGAUUUUUUAAAAUCGCACACUCGCUACGACGAAAGCACAAUCAAGGAGUGGUACAAAGGCUUCAAGCAAGACUGUCCUAAUGGCCGACUGACACCUGCCAAAUUCGUAGACAUGUACAAGAUGUUCUUUCCAUCGGGAAACGCAGAGGAGUUCUGUGACCACGUAUUUAGAACUUUCGAUAUGGACAAAAAUGGCUACAUAGAUUUCAAAGAAUUUUUGCUGGCGAUCGAUGUGACGUCGAGCGGCACCCCCGAAGAAAAACUCAAAUGGGCCUUCCGCAUGUAUGACGUUGACGGAAACGGGGUCAUCGAUAUACAGGAGAUGACCAAGAUCGUGCAGGCCAUCUACGAUAUGCUGGGCGCAUGCUCCUCCAACCGUCCCGCCGAUUCGGCCGAAGAGCGGGCCAAAAACAUUUUCGCCAAAAUGGACGAAAACAACGACGGCCAACUCACCCAAGAUGAAUUCUUGAAGGGCUGUUUGCAAGACGAAGAGCUCUCGAAAAUGCUGGCGCCUUAAUGCGUAUAAGCAUCUAGCCCUCUUGUAGGGGCCUAACGGUGCCCCGCCGGUAUAACCUAUUCGAAAAAAUACAAAGAGACUAUCUCCAGGUGUGACCAAAACAUACACAAAUUCGACCACGGCGCUUGUUCCAAAUAUAAUUGGGAAACAUCGAUGAAAAUAGGAUGUAGUGGUAUAUUUUCGUUUUCCGCAUCUCUAUGUUAUAGUCGGCUUCUCUUACUGUACCUAUAUUACCUUGUGAUUGGGUAUUUUUAUUACGGAUCGGGCGAGCCUAGAAUACGCUUGAUUAUUAGCAUAAGCAUAAUAUUAAAUUAAGUCAUACAAAGUUUGUUUCUCAACACUGCAUCAAUGUUAUUAUACAUUGUCCGCCUUGAAAUUUUAUAACAUAGCGGAAAAAAGUUUGUUGACAGUGUGUUCAGUUGAUCGAUGGUGCAUUUUUGAUAACCGAAAGAUCACAUGUCACGUGACCACUGAUACGCAACAAGUUGAAAAUAUUACUAUGUAAAUGCAAGAAGUGGGUUCAUACGACGAUAUGUUUGCUUAGAAUGAGUUGCGUGCAAGAGCUGUCAGAUGACCGACCCUGGUGGUAACAUAUUGAAACACAACCUCACUCUUCUGUAAAUCAUUGAAACACAAACUCACUUUUUUAUUAGUUUACAGAGAAAUCAAAGGUUUGAAAUAGUUUUUCACAAUAUUUUGGCAUACAAAUCGUGGUUUUUGUGCUAUUUAUUAAUUCGCGCAUGCCAUCACAUUGUGCUGUUGUAGAAUGCACAAAAAAUGCAGCGGGAGACGAAGGAAUCUGGUUGGUACAUUAUGGUUUAUAAGUAAGUACCUACUAUAGUCACUCACAUAUGGUGUUCAUUUUUGAAAUUUGGUAAUUUCCAUGAUCUCUCAUCGGAAUUCCUUCUGUAAUAGGAACAUAUACUCGUGAAAUUUCUAAAAUAAUGCAAGAAUUCAUGCAAUCAAAUGAGAGGACUGGUCUGACAUGCUGACGAAAUAUGAUCGUGUGUGUUGUGUGUUGUAGACAUUUUCAAUCUUUUAGCAGUAUUAGCUUCCAUUUCAGAAGUGGCAGAAGGAAUUUUAAUAAGAAAUGACAAAAUUUCACAAUGAAAACCAUGUGAGAUUACUAUUUACCUGAAAAAUCAUAUUCCUUCGUCUCUCGCUGCAUUUUUUUGUGCAUUGUACAACAGCACAAUGAGAAGGCAUGCUUGAAUUAAUGAAUAGCGCAAAAAACACGAUUCGUAUGCCAAAAUAUUGUGAAAACUAUUUCAAUCCUUUGAUUCCUCUGUAAACAAAUAAAAAAAGUGAGGUUGGGUUUCAAUGUUUCACAGAAGAGUGAGGUUGUGUCGAAAUAUUUUGCCUCCAGGGUCGGUCAUCGUGCACGCGACCUAUAAGAUUUCGUAGUAAUUGUUUUCAUUUUUCCGCAGUACUGGUGGUCACAUGACAUGUGUCAAAAUCAGUUGUUAGGUUUUCGAAUAUGCAUAGUUGCACCGAAAACUCUGUCCAAUACUCGAACAAUGAAUCCCAUAUGAGGCUGUACUUGUUCCAUAAAAAAAUUACUUUGAUCAACAUUUGGUCCAGAGCAACUAGUUAUGGCCACAAUUCAGCUUGAGUCAACAAUAAUCUUAAUUAAAAAAUGAAUUAACUUGGUUUCCAAGUAGCGGGAAUGAAUAAUAAAUAUUUCAAAUUAACAUAUAAAUUGUGAGGUUUUCAAGUCGUCGGAAUGAUUAUUGAAUAUUUCGAGUUCAAUAUUACAAAUUGUACUGGUAGCACAUAUCCCACUCCUG